CUAUCCCGAAUGAUUGGUUGGUACAGCUUGCUCGAUCACUACUGUCUCGCAUGGAGCGAGGGGAGGGCGAAGGCCAGAGCAACGCCUUUGUGCACAAAGCCACGAUCGCCAUCAUCAAGCGACUCACCCGCGGUGAUUGUCCGACUACUGCGUGCGAGCUCGUUCGCCACAUCAUUCUGGAGCGCCCGGAAGACAGCUCGUGGCAUCGACAACUCCUUGACCGUUCCUUCCUGAAGGCUCUGCCAGCGCAAGACGCAAAGACUUUCUUCAAAGGUCUGGCCAUAGCUGUUGAGGAGAAGUUGCAAGAGCAACGCAAGAUGGCCCAGAACACGGAGGCGGCGGCAGACAAAGUUGGCAGCGGGCAUGACACGACGACGAAGCCAUUGUCAGCCCCGAUCAUCAAGGUCUCGACUGUAAAAAUGAUUGCCCAAAUGCUGCGCUGGGCCACCUUCAUGGACCGUGCCUUAGCCUUUGACAUCUUGGACAGACUUCUGUGCAACUCUGCGCAUCCGGACGUCGUGAUUUGCAUUGUUGAGAGUCUGCUCCAGCAACGCGCCGAGUCCAACGAUGAGGCCGUCAAAAAUGGCGUCGUCGACAUCAUUGCAGAACGCAUCAUGCCGCUCGCUGCCAGCCUGGACGAACGCAGUCCUCUAACAGAGGAAGCUUGGACUCGUCUAGAAGCUGGAGAAGGCUCUCUCCCCGAGUUCUACUCCGCCGACCAGCGGCAGCUGCCUCCUUUGCUGACGCUGCUGGCUGAGGCGUGCGGCCAUCCUGCGAGCGACCCGUCUUCUCAGGAGAGACAAGUGUGGAUAGAGCGCGUGGUCGUGCCACUGAUCCGUCUCUCUGCCGAGAACCACAUGCGCUGGAUCCGGCUGUUCCUUCAAAGGAACGCGCUACCGCUCUCUAUCCUUGACAUCCUCCCACGCGUGCCGUCGAAGCUCAACAUCCUCCUGGGUCCUUUUGAGCACCAAACGGUGCAUAUGCCAGCGGAUACCAUACACACUGUCGGAAGAUUGAUCGCCGUCAUCGGGGCCCCCCCACUUGCGCUACAGAAAGUCUUCAAGCAGAUCCGGCGGAGCAAGGAUCUCAGAAGCACAGACGGCGGCAGGCACUUCUUGACCAUGUGGUGCUCGGAGGAGAUGGUUACUGGUGGAUCCGGGUAUUCUCAGGGAGUCAAGAUCCUUGCUGGCUUCCUCAAGCAGUCCGAUGCGGAUGACACGGCGGACGGGCCUGGGGUGACCGUGGCAAAAGUGCAGAAGCUCCUCAUCGGCUUGUCAAAGGAGCAUAUCCGGCGGGGCGAUCUGGUCCAUUUGGCGAGUCUCAAAUCAUGUCUUACCACCAACCUCUUCGGUGGCUCGUUAGAGGAGAGUCAAGUCCAACGAGUCAGGUGGGGACGCAACGUCCGCCCAGUUCUGGUAUCGAUCCUUGAGACCAUCGAAAGCUACCAGGCCAAGGAGUCGCUAGAGGAUGCCCGGGGAAAGCUGGAGGAAUUGCCCGACCUCCUCGGAUAUCGUCUGGAGAUCCUCCUCCACACGCACGAGAGACAUGCAGAGGAGGAUGUCACUAUCGAAGAGGUCGCGGCUUGCGCUGAUGAACUCCUCGCCGAGGUAGACAAGCUCAUCACUUCUGGACGUCUGCACGACGAUGAUGGCCAGCUCGACCAAAUUCGUCGCACUGCACAAAACGUCCACCGAGGCAAGCACGCUUUGAUGCUCGCGCUGAGACUGGGCCAACUCGAUGUGAUGCCGCAACGGGCCUCUGCAGCCGAGAGGUCAUUGUUCCAGACGCAGCAGAACAUGCGAGCGUGGCUGGCCAAGGAUCUGCUUGGCGAUGUCAUUUACGACUUCGGGUCGCCGACAGACGAGUCCGAGCAAAAGUCUCUGGUCAAGCAAACACUCACCAUGCUAGACUCAUGGCUGGGCUCUCCAGUCGAAUAUGUCCACAAGCAGGCUGGCGCCGUCCUCGACUUCAUGCGUUAUGCCGAGUCGGCUACCGGGCUGAAAUGGCUGCGCGAGGCCAUGAAGAAGAAGGCUGAAGAUAUGGAUGAGGUCAAAAAGAUGAGAAAGGCAGAGGUAGAGUCCGGGGUGGAGGGCGAGGGGAUGGAUGAGUUUAUGGAGAUGAUGGACGAACUGGGUCUGGCGUGAUAGCUUGAGUCGAGGUCGGUCAUCGCGGAGAAGGUGCAGGGCGUUGACGGAACGCCGCUUGUCGUCCUCGUUGCCAGCAGGAGACUGCCGCGCAAGAUAGGGGUAGAGCAGCUGGAGUGGUAAAAGCUCCAGCCGCGGCUCCCCCGAUUAGGGUCAGAUCCAUAUCAAAAAUGAAUGAAUGCAUGAUAACCCGA